ACAAAUCGUCCUCUCUCCCUUUCUUUUAUCAAAAAGAAAGGGGGGAAGGGGACGAAUUAUAACCAUGACAGAUUCUUCAGGUGAUGAUAAAAAAGAUGAAAUAAAACCUGUUUUAGGUUAUCCUGAACAAUUUUCUCAAUCGAAUCGUAAUUUUGCCUCGCCUUAUCCCAAUCCUGCCUAUCACUAUCCUCCACCAUAUGAUCAAUAUCCAUAUCAAUACCCCUAUUAUUACUACCCAAAUUACCAAUCCAAUUACUAUAACAAUGACAACAACAACAAUAAUAAUAUCUUGCAACCCCAAUUAUCUAACGUACCCCCUCCACGACGAAAAAUUAUAACUUUUUGUCGUGUCCUUUUUUGCCUUAUCGUCAUUCUAAUAUUGAGUUUCAGUAUUUUUUUCGUAGUUCGAAUUUGGAAAAAUUACGCAUAUUACCCUUCAUUUGAGGUUGUAUCAUUUAUUGUACAUUCUUUCAACAUAUCAAAUCCCACCAAUAAGUUAACAGUGGAUUGGGAAGUAGAUGUGAGUGUGAGGAAUUCAAAUAGGAAAGUGGAAAUUAGUUUUGAGUACAUAUCAAUUAGCUUGAUGUACAAUCUACAACUACUCGAAUCAUCGUUCAGCGCGCCUUUCAAUGUGUCUAGAAAAAGUAACGCUAAGUUUCAUGUCGAUUCUAAUAUUCCAAAUCCAAAUCAGGUGAAAAUAGGAGGACUUGUGGUUAAUGAAAUGGCUCGAGAUUUGAGAAGAGGUUACAACUUGUUAAUUGAUUUGAGAAUAGAAGCUAAAAUAAUAAAUCAAGGUACCAAUAGUCGCUACAAAAGAGAGUUGUAUCUAUCAUGUGAUGAUUUAAUUUUGAAUUUCAAGAAUUCAACUAGCUUGCCAGAGUGGGAUGGUAGAACAAAUAAUUACAAAUCGAAAUGCGAGUACGAUGAGACAUGGUGGGAUGUCAUAUGGGAACCUUGGUGAAAUUUCAUGUAAACAUCAACCAAUAAGAAGGAGAGGCCACAAGUGAC